GAUGGUUGGUCAGUAUUUUUAAUAGAGUUAUAUUGUUGUGUUGAUUUCUUGAUGAUCAGUGGCGUUAUGAUGAGAAGAAGAGAUGAAAUUUGUGCCCCUAAGAUACCAACCCUGGUUGACCUUUGCGUUCAGAAAGUGAUAGAUAACGUAAGGUACCUUGGAAAUGUUGGUUAUGUUGAUCAGCAUCUGCUUGAGCGAAUCUUGCCACACUGCACUGUUGACCAAUUGAUGCAUGUGGAAAAGUCCACAAAGGGAAGAGAUCUCAGCCCUAUAACUGAUAAGUUGUGGAAGAAUCUUUUGAAAAUCAGUGUCACAAAUUCCACUAAUGAAGUGGUUAAGAGGAUGAAAGAAAAGAAAGUUUCAUUUAAAUGGAUUCAGUUGUACGAGGUAACAUUUUUAAAUUUGCUUUGCUGUUUUGUUUUCAGGCUUGGAUAGUUUAAAUGAAAGAGA